AUGCCCGCAGUUUUGGAGGACUACCAAAAGAACUUCCUGGACCUGGCUCUGGAGAGCCAGGCUUUGAAGUUCGGCACAUUCACACUGAAGUCUGGCAGACAGUCGCCAUACUUCUUCAACCUGGGCCAGUUUAACACCGGUAAGCUGCUUUCGAACUUGGCCACCGCGUACGCGAUCGCCAUCAUCCAGUCAGACUUGAAGUUCGACGUGGUAUUCGGCCCCGCUUACAAGGGUAUUCCGCUAGCGGCGAUUGUGUGCGUGAAGCUGGCCGAGAUUGGCGGCACCAAGUUCCAGAACGUGCAGUACUCGUUCAACCGUAAAGAAGCUAAGGACCACGGUGAGGGCGGCACGAUUGUUGGCGCCUCGCUUGAGGAGCAGAGAGUGCUAAUCAUUGACGACGUUAUGACCGCAGGUACUGCCAUCAACGAGGCCUUUCAGAUUAUCGCGCAGAACAAGGGGAAUGUCGUGGGCACCAUCGUGUCUCUCGACAGACAGGAAGUACUGAGCACCGAGUCCAAGGAGCCUCUCAGUGCAACCCAGGCUGUGACCCAGAAGCACGGGAUCCCAGUGCUGAGCAUCGUCACCCUCGCCGACAUCAUAAGUUACCUCGACGGUAAGAUCCCGGCCGAGGAGAAGAGAAAGAUGGAAGAGUACUUACAGAUCUACGGUGUCUAG